AUGAUUGUUCUACUACCCAGGUCUGGUGUUGGAGAUCAUUCCACACUCUGUGUUCUACUACCCAGGUCUGGUGUUGGAGAUCAUUUCACACUCUGUGUUCUACUACCCAGGUCUGGUGUUGGAGAUCAUUCCACACUCUGUGUUCUACUACCCAGGUCUGGUGUUGGAGAUCAUUCCACACUCUGUGUUCUACUACCCAGGUCUGGUGUUGGAGGUCAUUCCACACUCUGUGUUCUACUACCCAGGUCUGGUGUUGAAGAUCAUUCCACACUCUGUGUUCUACUACCCAGGUCUGGUGUUGGAGAUCAUUCCACACUCUGUGUUCUACUACCCAGGUCUGGUAUUGGAGGUCAUUCCACACUCUGGAUCUCCUGCAUGUAUUUUCUGAUGUUUAUUCAGAUCCCUUAAAUCAGAGUAUCUUUUCCCACACUGAUCACAGCUAUAAGGCUUCUCUCCGGUGUGUGUUCUCUGGUGUGAUUUCAGGUGACUUGACUGAGUAAAACUCUUCCCACACCGAUCACAGCUAUAGGGCUUCUGUCCUGUGUGUGUUCUCUGGUGUGAUAUCAGGUUGUUUGACUGAGUAAAUCUCUUCCCGCACUGAUCACAGCUAUAAGGCUGCUCUCCUGUGUGUGUUCUCUGGUGUAGUAGUAAUUCCCUUGAGGUGGCAAAGCUCAUUCCACAGUCGGAGCAGUGGUAAGGUUUCUCUCCCGUGUGUAUUCUCUUGUGCGCACUCAGGUUAGCUGAGGUAGCAAAACUCUUCCCACAUUGAUCACAGCCAUAUGGUUUCUCUCCUGUGUGAAUUCUCAGGUGUGAUUUCAAUGAAUAUGAUCGAGAGAAACUCAUUCCACACUGAGAGCAGCUGUAAGGUUUCUCUCCUGUGUGAAUUCUCUGGUGUAUUGUAAGUUCUGAUGAAGAAGUGCAUCUCUUCCCACAUUGAUCACAGUUGUAAGAUUUCUCUCCUGUGUGAAUUCUCUGGUGUAGUUUUAGGGAAUCUGAUCUUGAGUAACUCUUCCCACAGUCAGAGCAGCAGUGAGGUUUCUUUCCUGUGGGUCUCCGAUGGUGUUUCUUGAGGUGUUCUGAUGUGGAGAGACUCUUCUCUGCCUCGUCAGCAUCAUGUUGUUGAGGCUCCCCAGAGGAUCCACCAUAGUCACAUCUCUCUCCUGUGUGAACGACAAAGUCACACAGUCAAUGUAGUGAAUCUUUUUAAUGUUUUUACAAACUUUGACAAUUGUCUUCUAAGUAUUUUUUGGGUUAGUUUUUGGUCCACCAACCACUGUAGCAGGCAGAUAAAAAAAUAUAAUUGUUCCCAUGGUUACACCAAAAAUCACUCAAAAAUAUUAGCAUGCUUUUGUAAUGUUUCUAAAACAAGAAAUGUAUUGGUAGUAAGAACUAAUGUGGGAUAUUGCUUAAUGUACUUUAAUUUUUGUGACCCGAGUCUUUUAACCAAUGUGUUAAAAUGUUUUAUUUAGAUACAAUAGUAGUGAUAUACAGUUGUACAAGUGAACAUCAAUAAUCAACAAAGUGCCUGUCCUGCCAGAUAAAAUGCUGAGUGACACAGCUGAUGUAUUAUUAUAGUUCAGAGCUCUACGCUGACGUUUUACAAGGAGUACAUGUGCUUUAUAGUUAGGAGCACACAAAUAUAUUUAGGAGCACACAAAUAUAUUUAGGAGCACACAAAUAUAUUUAGGAGCACACAAAUAUAUUUAGGAGCACAAUUAAAGUAUUUGAGUGUUUUAUCAGGUUUUUGGAGCGUUCCGUGUUCAAUCAAAUAUGAGCUCAUUAGGUGAAACCGAAAAUGGUCAGCUGCCCCUUUAAGGGGCGGGCCGUUACCGUGGUAAUGGAGCACUCCGCAUCUUGUGAUGUGUGGUUUUUGAUUUCUCGCUUGUCUUCUGUGCAAGACACGCCCACUGAAGCUGAAGUGCUGCGAUUGGUUAAAUCGCCGCUAGUCUCGACAAUCCUCCUGAUUGGCUAGCCGAAGAGAGGGCCAAGCAGGCACCAUGCAGACUGAUAUUUGCUUGCUAGGUGCCUUAAUGCCAUAGAGAACGACAGAGGCCUCUAGUGGCCAAAAGGCCGUAUUACCACGGGCAGCGCCGUUGAGCGCUUCCACCAUUUUAAUGUAGUCAACUGGGUGGUCCUUCCACCAUUUUAAUGUAGUCAACAGGGUGGUCCUUCCACCAUUUUAAUGUAGUCAACUGGGUGGUCCUUCCACCAUUUUAAUGUAGUCAACUGGGUUGGUCCUUCCACCAUUUUAAUGUAGUCAACUGGGUGGUCCUUCCACCAUUUUAAUGUAGUCAACUGGGUGGUCCUUCCACCAUUUUAAUGUAGUCAACUGGGUGGUCCUUCCACCAUUUUAAUGUAGUCAACUGGGUGGUCCUUCCACCAUUUUAAUGUAGUCAACUGGGUGGUCCUUCCACCAUUUUAAUGUAGUCAACUGGGUGGUCCUUCCACCAUUUUAAUGUAGUCAACUGGGUGGUCCUUCCACCAUUUUAAUGUAGUCAACUGGGUGGUCCUUCCACCAUUUUAAUGUAGUCAACUGGGUGGUCCUUCCACCAUUUUAAUGUAGUCAACUGGGUGGUCCUUCCACCAUUGUAAUGUAGUCAACUGGGUGGUCCUUCCACCAUUGUAAUGUAGUCAACUGGGUGGUCCUUCCACCAUUGUAAUGUAGUCAACUGGGUGGUCCUUCCACCAUUGUAAUGUAGUCAACUGGGUGGUCCUUCCACCAUUUUAAUGUAGUCAACUGGGUGGUCCUUCCACCAUUUUAAUGUAGUCAACUGGGUGGUCCUUCCACCAUUUUAAUGUAGUCAACUGGGUGGUCCUUCCACCAUUUUAAUGUAGUCAACUGGGUGGUCCUUCCACCAUUUUAAUGUAGUCAACUGGGUGGUCCUUCCACCAUUUUAAUGUAGUCAACUGGGUGGUCCUUCCACCAUUUUAAUGUAGUCAACUGGGUGGUCCUUCCACCAUUUUAAUGUAGUCAACUGGGUGGUCCUUCCACCAUUUUAAUGUAGUCAACUGGGUGGUCCUUCCACCAUUUUAAUGUAGUCAACUGGGUGGUCCUUCCACCAUUUUAAUGUAGUCAACUGGGUGGUCCUUCCACCAUUUUAAUGUAGUCAACUGGGUGGUCCUUCCACCAUUUUAAUGUAGUCAACUGGGUGGUCCUUCCACCAUUGUAAUGUAGUCAACUGGGUGGUCCUUCCACCAUUGUAAUGUAGUCAACUGGGUGGUCCUUCCACCAUUGUAAUGUAGUCAACUGGGUGGUCCUUCCACCAUUGUAAUGUAGUCAACUGGGUGGUCCUUCCACCAUUUUAAUGUAGUCAACUGGGUGGUCCUUCCACCAUUGUAAUGUAGUCAACUGGGUGGUCCUUCCACCAUUGUAAUGUAGUCAACUGGGUGGUCCUUCCACCAUUGUAAUGUAGUCAACUGGGUGGUCCUUCCACCAUUUUAAUGUAGUCAACUGGGUGGUCCUUCCACCAUUUUAAUGUAGUCAACUGGGUGGUCCUUCCCCCAUUUUAAUGUAGUCAACUGGGUGGUCCUUCCCCCAUUUUAAUGUAGUCAACUGGGUGGUCCUUCCCCCAUUUUAAUGUAGUCAACUGGGUGGUCCUUCCCCCAUUUUAAUGUAGUCAACUGGGUGGUCCUUCCCCCAUUUUAAUGUAGUCAACUGGGUGGUCCUUCCCCCAUUUUAAUGUAGUCAACUGGGUGGUCCUUCCACCAUUUUAAUGUAGUCAACUGGGUGGUCCUUCCACCAUUUUAAUGUAGUCAACUGGGUGGUCCUUCCACCAUUUUAAUGUAGUCAACUGGGUGGUCCUUCCACCAUUUUAAUGUAGUCAACUGGGUGGUCCUUCCACCAUUUUAAUGUAGUCAACUGGGUGGUCCUUCCACCUUCAUUGGCUGAUCCCUCCUGGUGACCCUGUUGGAGGGGGGGGGGGGAUCAGCCAAUCAUGAUUAAGAAAAUUGACUAGUUUAAAAUGGAUAUUGCCUCUACGGCGUAUCCACGCCCAUGUAUGGUGUAACACCUGUCAUACUGUCCACCUCUCAUACUGUCAUCUCAUACUGUCAUCUCAUACUGUCCACCUCUCAUAAUGUCAUCUCAUACUGUCCACCUCUCAUACUGUCCUCCUCUCAUACAGUCCUCCUCUCAUACUAUCCUCCUCUCAUACUGUCCACCUCUCAUACUGUCCUCCUCUCAUACUGUCCACCUCUACUACUGUCAUCUCAUCCUGUCAUCUCAUACUGUCCUCCUCUCAUACUGUCAUCUCAUACUGUCCACCUCUCAUACUGUCCACCUCUCAUAAUGUCCUCUCAUACUGUCAUCUCAUCCUGUCAUCUCAUACUGUCCUCCUCUCAUACUUUCAUCUCAUACUGUCCACCUCUCAUACUGUCCACCUCUCAUAAUGUCCUCUCAUACUGUCAUCUCAUCCUGUCAUCUCAUACUGUCCUCCUCUCAUACUGUCAUCUCAUACUGUCCACCUCUCAUACUGUCCACCUCUCAUAAUGUCCUCUCAUACUGUCCACCUCUGAUACUGUCAUCUCAUACUGUCAUCUCAUACUGUCCACCUAUCAUAAUGUCCUCUCAUACUGUCCACCUCUGAUACUGUCAUCUCAUACUGUCAUCUCAUACUGUCCACCUAUCAUAAUGUCCUCUCAUACUGUCCACCUCUCAUACUGUCCACCUCUCAUACAGUCCACCUCUCAUACUGUCAUCUCAUACUGUCCUCCUCUCAUACUGUCAUCUCAUACUGUCCACCUGUCAUACUGUCCACCUCUCAUAAUGUCCACCUCUCAUAAUGUCCACCACUCAUACUGUCAUCUCAUACUGUCCACCUCUCAUAAUGUCCUCUCAUACUGUCCACCUCUCAUAAUGUCCAACUCUCAUUCUGUCAUCUCAUACUGUCCACCUCUCAUACUGUCCUCCUCUCAUACUGUCCUCCUCUCAUACUGUCCACCUCUCAUACUGUCCUCCUCUCAUACUGUCCUCCUCUCAUACUGUCAUCUCAUACUGUCCACCUCUCAUACUGUCAUCUCAUACUGUCCACCUCUCAUACUGUCAUCUCAUACUGUCCACCUCUCAUACUGUCAUCUCAUACUGUCCACCUCUCAUACUGUCCUCCUCUCAUACUGUCCUCCUCUCAUACUGUCCACCUCUCAUACUGUCCACCUCUCAUACUGUCCUCUCAUACUGUCCACCUCUCAUACUGUCCACCUCUCAUACUAUCCUCCUCUCAUACUGUCCUCCUCUCAUACUGUCCUCCUCUCAUACUGUCCACCUCUCAUACUGUCAUCCUCUCAUACUGUCCUCCUCUCAUACUGUCCUCUCAUACUGUCCUCUCAUACUGUCCACCUCUCAUAAUGUCCUCUCAUACUGUCAUAUCAUACUGUCCACCUCUCAUACUGUCCACCUCUCAUACUGUCCUCUCAUACUGUCCUCUCAUACUGUCCACCUCUCAUAAUGUCCUCUCAUACUGUCCUCCUCUCAUACUGUCCACCUCUCAUACUGUCCUCUCAUACUGUCCUCCUCUCAUACUGUCCACCUCUCAUAAUGUCCUCUCAUACUGUCAUAUCAUACUGUCCACCUCUCAUACUGUCCUCCUCUCAUACUGUCCACCUCUCAUACUGUCCACCUCUCAUAAUGUCCUCUCAUACUGUCCUCCUCUCAUACUGUCCACCUCUCAUACUGUCAUCUCAUACUGUCCUCCUCUCAUACUGUCCACCUCUCAUACUGUCCACCUCUCAUAAUGUCCUCUCAUACUGUCCUCCUCUCAUACUGUCCACCUCUCAUAAUGUCCUCUCAUACUGUCCUCCUCUCAUACUGUCCACCUCUCAUACUGUCAUCUCAUACUGUCCACCUCUCAUACUGUCCACCUCUCAUACUGUCCUCCUCUCAUACUGUCCUCCUCUCAUACUGUCCUCCUCUCAUACUGUCCACCUCUCAUACUGUCCUCCUCUCAUACUGUCCUCCUCUCAUAAUGUCCUCUCAUACUGUCCUCUCAUACUGUCCACCUCUCAUAAUGUCCUCUCAUACUGUCAUAUCAUACUGUCCACCUCUCAUACUGUCCUCCUCUCAUACUGUCCACCUCUCAUACUGUCCACCUCUCAUACUGUCCACCUCUCAUACUGUCCACCUCUCAUACUGUCCUCCUCUCAUACUGUCCUCCUCUCAUACUGUCCACCUCUCAUAAUGUCCUCUCAUACUGUCCACCUCUCAUACUGUCCACCUCUCAUAAUUACAUUUACAUUUACAUUUUAGUCAUUUAGCAGACGCUCUUAUCCAGAGCGACUUACAGGAGCAAUUAGGGUUAAGUGCCUUGCUCAAGGGCACAUUAACGUCAUUUAGCAGACGCUCUUAGCCAGAGCGACUCACAAAUUGGUGCGUUCACCCUAUAGCCAGUGGGAUAACCACUUUACAAUUUGGGGGGGGGGGGGGGGUAGAAGGAUUCCUUUAUCCUAUCCCAGGUAUUCCUUAAAGAGGUGGGGUUUCAAAUGUCUCCGGAAGGUGGUGAGUGACUCCGCUGUCCUGGCGUCGUGAGGGAGCUUGUUCCACCAUUGGGGUGCCAGAGCAGCGAACAGUUUUGACUGGGCUGAGCGGGAACUAUGCUUCCGCAGAGGAAGGGGAGCCAGCAGGCCAGAGGUGGAUGAGCGCAAUGCCCUCGUUUGGGUGUAGGGACUGAUCAGAGCCUGAAGGUACAGAGGUGCCGUUCCCCUCACUGCUCCAUAGGCAAGCACCAUGGUCUUGUAGCGGAUGCGAGCUUCAACUGGAAGCCAGUGGAGUGUGCGGAGGAGGGGGGUGACGUGAGAGAACUUGGGAAGGUUGAACACCAGACGGGCUGCGGCAUUCUGGAUGAGUUGUAGGGGUUUAAUGGCACAGGCAGGGAGGCCAGCCAACAGCGAGUUGCAGUAGUAGAGUUGCAGUAGUACUGUCCACCUCUCAUACUGUCCUCUCAUACUGUCCACCUCUCAUACUGUCCACCUCUCAUACUGUCCUCCUCUCAUACUGUCCACCUCUCAUACUGUCCUCCUCUCAUACUGUCCACCUCUCAUACUGUCCUCCUCUCAUACUGUCCACCUCUCAUACUGUCCACUUCUCAUACUGUCCACCUCUCAUACUGUCCACCUCUCAUACUGUCCACCUCUCAUACUGUCCACCUCUCAUACUGUCCUCCUCUCAUACUGUCCACCUCUCAUACUGUCCUCCUCUCAUACUGUCCUCUCAUACUGUCCACCUCUCAUACUGUCCUCCUCUCAUACUGUCCUCCUCUCAUACUGCCCACCUCUCAUACUGUCCUCCUCUCAUACUGUCCUCUCAUACUGUCCUCCUCUCAUACUGUCCUCCUCUCAUACUGUCCUCUCAUACUGUCCACCUCUCAUACUGUCCUCCUCUCAUACUGUCCUCCUCUCAUACUGCCCACCUCUCAUACUAUCCUCUCAUACUGUCCUCCUCUCAUACUGUCCACCUCUCAUACUGUCCUCCUCUCAUGCUGUCCUCCUCUCAUACUGUCCUCUCAUACUGUCCUCCUCUCAUACUGUCCUCCUCUCAUAAUGUCCACCUCUCAUAUUGUCAUCUCAUACUGUCCACCUCUCAUACUGUCCUCCUCUCAUACUGUCCUCCUCUCAUACUGUCCUCCUUUCAUACUGUCCACCUCUCAUACUGUCCACCUCUCAUACUGUCCUCCUCUCAUACUGUCCACCUCUCAUACUGUCCACCUCUCAUACUGUCCUCCUCUCAUAAUGUCCUCUCAUACUGUCCUCUCAUACUGUCCACCUCUCAUACUGUCCUCUCAUACUGUCAUCUCAUACUGUCCACCUCUCAUACUGUCCUCCUCUCAUACUGUCCUCUCAUACUGUCCUCCUCUCAUACUGUCCACCUCUCAUACUGUCCUCUCAUACUGUCCACCUCUCAUACUGUCCACCUCUCAUACUGUCCUCCUCUCAUACUGUCCACCUCUCAUACUGUCAUCUCAUCCUGUCAUCUCAUACUGUCCUCCUCUCAUAAUGUCCUCUCAUACUGUCCUCUCAUACUGUCCUCCUCUCAUACUGUCCACCUCUCAUACUGUCAUCUCAUACUGUCCACCUCUCAUACUGUCCUCCUCCCAUACUGUCCUCCUCUCACACUGUCCACCUCUCAUAAUGUCCUCUCAUACUGUCCACCUCUCAUACUGUCCGCCUCUCAUACUGUCCACCUCUCAUAAUGUCCUCUCAUACUGUCAUCUCAUACUGUCCACCUCUCAUACUGUCCUCUCAUACUGUCCUCCUCUCAUACUGUCCACCUCUCAUACUGUCCUCCUCUCAUACUGUCCACCUCUCAUACUGUCCACCUCUCAUACUGUCCUCCUCUCAUACUGUCCUCCUCUCAUACUGUCCUCCUCUCAUACUGUCCACCUCUCAUACUGUCCUCCUCUCAUACUGUCCACCUCUCAUAAUGUCCACCUCUCAUACUGUCAUCUCAUACUGUCCUCCUCUCAUACUGUCCUCCUCUCAUACUGUCCACCUCUCAUACUGUCCUCUCAUACUUUCCUCUCAUACUGUCCACCUCUCAUACUGUCCUCCUCUCAUACUGUCCACCUCUCAUACUGUCCUCCUCUCAUACUGUCCUCCUCUCAUACUGUCUUCCUCUCAUACUGUCCUCCUAUCAUACUGUCCUCCCCCUCUCUCUCUCCAGGCAUAACAUCAGAUUAGCUUUACCUCAAUAAAAACUGACAAACCCUCAAUGCUGGGCACUCUGAGAUAUUAUUCCCAGGGUUGGCACAGUGAGGCAAAGCGCUCGAGAUAACUUCGGUGCAGUUUGGCGGCAAGGCAGUCAACAACGCUCUCAAGACCCUUGCUCCAGCCCUAACGACCAGCAGCCAAUCGCAGCACUUCAGCUUCAGCGGGGGCGUGUCUUGCCCAGAAUUACGAGUGGGAAAUCAAAUAACGCGUCUGUUAUGGAGAGACGAGGAUGAGAAUCUGAUGUCUUUACUAGCAGCAGAGAGUGAGAGCAAACUCCAACAUUGAAAAACAACAUUAUUAAUUUUUUUGGGUCAUUUAGCAGACGCUCUUAUCCAGAGCGACUUACAGUUAGUGAGUGCAUAAUUACUAUUUUUUUCUUCAUACUCGUCUCCCGUGGGAAAUGAACCCACAACCCUGGCGUUGCAAACGCCAUGCUCUACCAACUGAGCUACACGGGACUAACGUGUAAACGAUGAUAGCCCUUUAUGUAUCUUGUCCUCCCCAUUUGAAGAAGUCACAAGUAUAGGAUAAAGUAAUCCUUCAACCCCCCCCCCACCCCAAAAAAACAUUUUUUAUAAAACAUAUUGUAAAGUGGUUAUCCCACUGGCUAUAAGGUGAAUGCACCAAUCUGUAAGUCGCUCUGGAUAAGAGCGUCUGCUAAAUGUAAUAAGUAUUUUUGAAAAAUUCACUUAUAGUGAAAUAAAGUAGUCAAAAGUUUGCUUGUGACUACAAACUUGUUGCAUGCACUUGCAGUUUGUUUUGCUUGUGUUUUCAGAUGAUGUUUUGCCCAAUAGGAACUGAAUGUUGAAUAAUGUCUUGUGGAGUCAUUGUUAUUGUAAGAAUAGUAAAUGUUCCUGAACACUACCAUGAUGACUAUGGAUAUAAUCAUGAAUGCAUUCACAAUUAAUGAUGAGUGAGAAAGCUACAGAGGCACAAAGAUCAUAUACCCCCAACUUUCUCACUCAUCAUUCAUGAUUUUUCUUAGUCAUGGGGCGAUUCCACGAAAGGACAGCCAUGUUUGACUUUUUAUUUUAUUUUAUUUUUUUACAUUUGAAUCACAAACAAUGUUUCCCAAAGUGGUCAACCCACAACUGUUUGGGUAAUAAGCUGAGGGACGGGGCUGGAGAAACGUAACCACUCAAAUUCAUAGACAGAACUAUAGAUGCAAGGAGCGACCAUCCAUGAUAUCAACAUUAUAGUGUUCCUAUGUUUUGAGGAUAUACAGUGUUUGUUUACAAACGUUGGAGUAAAACAAGCUUCUAUUUUGGAUUCGAUGGGGGUUGCGACAAGUUGAAUUUAGCUCAUAAGGCAUUCAUAAGUUACUUUGUUCAAGAAUACAUGGAAUUGGUAUAUAUAAAUGGAUGUAUUAAGUGCAUAAUGCCGUUUUAAAACCACACAUCAGUUCAACAACUGCAGAGUUUGUGCCCGUUAUUAAGAUUAGUACGUGAUGGUGUUUAUCUGACCUGUCUCCUGCUCCUCCUCUUUCAAUAUGACAGUUAUCUCUCCCUCCUCCUCACUCUCAUCUUCUAUUUUUACUGUGACAUCCUCCUCUUCCUCCUCCUCUUUCACGACAACGUUCAGCCCCAGAGCUUCUUUCUCCGUCCAGCAGACCUCCUCUUCUUUAACAGGGGGUGAGUAGUUUAAUGAGCUCAUGGUCGGGGAUGUUAGCUAGCUACCUAUAAUUAGCGGGUAGGCUAGUGCUAAGUUAACGAGCCAGCUAACGUAGCUGACUACCAACAACAACGUAAAUAUUAAAUGAAAUGGGGCAACUAUUAGAUACGAAAGAAGCGGGUUUAAAACACAGUGACUAAUAUACACCGAAACAGUCUAAAUAGCUUGAAUCUUUCAGCUAUAUUGGCUCUCUAGCUACGGAGGUGGCGGACCAGCUGUUAUUGUUGAAGAAGUGUCCCGUCCACUAGAUUAUACGUCACACGCUGGCAGCUUCACCUAAAAGACGCACAUCGCCAUCUGCUGACUAGAAUCGGUAACGCAGUUGAGAAAAUAUCAUUUUAUUUCCAGACAAAAACGUGUAUUUUAUAUUGAUUUCAAUAAAGGGGAGAUCUGCAGUUGCUACAUCAGUUUUUUUCCAUUCAUAAAUUAAUUAUAUGUACCCAUUGAUUCUUGAAGAAUAUAACUUAUAAAUGUAUCAUGAGCUUAGUUCAACUAUCGUACCCAAAAUAUAAACUGCUCGGGUUGGGGCGUAGGGUUUGAGCCUAAAUGUAGGGAGGGUCAGUUCCCCUUGCUGCCCCGUAGGCAAACACCAUGGUCUUGUAAUGGGAGCGAGCUUCGAGUGUGCGGAGGAGCGGGGUGACAUGGGAGAACAAAUUGUAUAGUCAUUUUUGCUCAUCUUUAUCAAGGGUGUCAAUACUUUCGGACCCCACUGUAUAUAAUAAACGUUGCAUUAAUAAAAUCCUUUUUACAUUCAGCACCUGUGUUUUCUAUAACAUGUUGGAAUAAUACUGAUGGUAAGAUUCAUGAGGUAGUGAAUGUUUUUAUUGUAAACAACAUCACCACAUUUUCAUAUUCCUUUAGCUUGAGGACUAGUACACAAAUUAACUAAAUGAAACACAACAAGUAAAUUCAAGAGGUUUCAAGGUUAGAAUCAAGAAAUGCACACAAUAUUAAUCUAUUUAAUGAUUUACAUUUUUCAAUAUCCAAAUCAUACUGUAUAUCCAAUCAAAUUCAUUUUGUAACAUGAGAUGAAAAACAAAAAAACUAAACAAAUGUAGGGCUUUUUGAGCUUUCAGUAAUCAGGUUUCCACCCAACCAUUUCAUGGCUUUCAGUAAUCAGGUUUCCACCCAACCAUUUCAUGGCUUUCAGUAAUCAGGUUUCCACCCAACCAUUUCAUGGCUUUCAGUAAUCAGGUUUCAAUCCAACCAUUUCAUGGCUUUCAGUAAUCAGGUUUCCACCCAACCAUUUCAUGGCUUUCAGUAAUCAGGUUUCCACCCAACCAUUUCAUGGCUUUCAGUAAUCAGGUUUGCAUCCAACCAUUUCAUGGCUUUCAGUAAUCGGGUUUCAAUCCAACCAUUUCAUGCGGCUGAAUUACCCAACAGGGCUGAUGGAAACAGGAAAUGUCGGUACAAUUUCAUAAAUGCCAACAGACAAUUUGUUCAUUCGACAAGGUGGGAAUCUUUUCUGUCAGUAAAAUUAAUUAUUCGAGAAAUGGCAGCGGAAACGCUUUUAUGUGCCAAUAUUGCUAUAAUAACCAUCAUAUGGAAGUAGACUUGGGAGUCAAGCGAUGACGUGUCGUGUGGUCCUCCCACCAACACUCAGGAAACCAUUCAGUUUAUUUAGGCUACAGAUGAAAUAAGUUAUGAUGAACUUCACAGGGUGGUGAAAGUGCCACGGUGAUGAGCUUGAUGCUCCUUUCCAAUAAAUAUGGACGGUCUUGUUCUGGUGACGUGAUGAUCUAUGCUUGGCUGCCGUUUGACAAAUAAAAAUAAUCUAGUUAUUAUCCACAAUAAUCUCAAUGUAAACUAUCUUCCCCGUACAGCCUACCCACCCGCACUGUUUCUGUGAGCUUUGGCUAGAGCGCACGUGCCAAGACCAGAGUGGGCACAUUUGCUAUUUUAACGCAACAGUUUUUUGUGACAAAACCCAGAGUUGAAAAUGCGAUUGGAAACCCAUUUAACUUGUAGAACCGCAAAAGUUAUUUUUAUGUGCACUACGUCAUCACGCAGAACCUUUUCUCAGAAAACAAGUCGGUUUGGUGGAAACACACCUCUGGUGGGAAAAAUGCAUUUAUAGUUUUUAGAUGCAGAUUUGUUUAUAUUCGCAUUAAAAUCUGUCACCAAUUGGAUGGAAACCUUAUGGCGUGAACAAAAAACACAAAUUCUCAGUCAAAAACAUAAGUCAGAACACAGCCUCUCUAUUCUCUCAUGUGAUUUCAGGUCCUCUGACUGGGAAAAUGUCUUUCCACAAUGAGAGCAGUGGUAUGUCUUCUCCUCCUGUGUAUUAGUAUGUUGGAAAGGCUUUUCUCCUGUGUGUGUUCUAGUAAUAGUAAUAUGCCAUUUAGCAGACGCUUUUAUCCAAAGCGACUUACAGUCAUGCGUUUCUCUCAUGCGCUUUCAGGCUCACUAACCACCUAAAACUGUUUCCACACUGGGAACAUUGGAAAGGCUUUUUGCCAGUGUUUAUUCUCAAAUCAAAUCAAACAGUCCGGGUAGCCAUGAUUAGCUGUUCAGGAGUCUUAUGGCUUGAGGGUAGAAGCUGUUGAGAAGCCUUUUGGACCUAGACUUGGCUCUCCGGUACCGCUUGCCGUGUGGUAGCAGAGAGAACAGUCUAUGACUAGGGUGGCUGGAGACAAUUUUGAGGGCCUUCCUCUGACACCGCCUGGUAUAGAGGUCCUGGAUGGCAGGAAGCCUGGCCCCAAAAAAUUGAAUCCAAGAUGGCGUAGUAGUGCAGUUCUGUUUUUAUCGUGUGUCUGUAAAUAGCCUGUAAAUACCCUGUUUUUUUUUUAUUUUUCGUACAUAUUUCCCUAUCAGACUUUUCAUCCUUCUACAAAAUAUACUUUCCUGCAACCCGCCUCACUCAAUGUGGAACGGAUUCUAUUAUUGACUUACCUUUUAUCUAGAAUCUCCAGUUGAAACUAGCUAGCCAGCUAACUAGCUACUUGCUAUUAGCCACAGUUAGCGGUAUUUCACCCAGAACAUUGGAUUUUUCUGCGGGAUUAAUUUAAUCACUGGACAUUAAUCACCGGAUCGCAACUAGCUAGCCGCAACCGAAUGGAUGUUGCUGUCUGGCUAUUCACCACUGCCCCCGAUGCAAGCACCAGUUACAUUUACAUUUACAUUUUUAGUCAUUUAGCAGACGCUCUUAUCCAGAGCGACUUACAGUUAGUGCAUACAUUUUUUUUUUUUUUUCAUACCCCCCCCUGUGGGAAUCAAACCCACAACCCUGGCGUUGCAAACGCCAUGCUCUAUCAACUGAGCUACAUCCCUGCCGGCCAUUCCCUCCCCUACCCUGGACGACGCUGUUAGCCUCGAGCUAGCCUAGAGCCAGGCUCAUAUCUACCUCUAGGUCUACCGGACGGGAGUAGCCAGUUAACUAGCUACUUGCUAUCAGCUACCGUUAGCGGUUUUUCAUCAUUGUCCGAGGCCUGCACUACCUACCAGCCAGCUCUAGCCUGGACUAUUAUCGGCCAGUCUGCACCGUCUGCACAGCACGUUAUCGACCCAGAACAUAUCGGUUUUUCUGCCGGAAUCACUGAAUCACUGGACCUUUAACUCCGGAUUCAUCGCUACCAGCUAGCUGCAACAAAAUGGACGCUGUGGUCUGGCUAAUCAUCCUGAGCUAGGCCCAUCUCCCGGCUAUCUACCUCUCUGUCAACCGGACGGGACCACCUAGUGUUGACACGGAGCCCCGCCGAUCCUACACGACUGGUCUGCUGAAGAAAUCGUCUGAUGUGGUUACAACAGGCUUCCCGUUACGACGUCGACCACGAAGAUUCCAUCUGCUAGCCCCGGCCCGCUAGCACACGCUAGCCGUGGCCUCUUGCUCGCUAGUGCUAUAGCAGCCCCCGAACUACCUCCGAACUAUCCUAUUGCUGUUCACCGGACCUUAUGAUAACUCAGCUAUACAGCUGAUGUCUGCUGGACUGUUCCUUUUUACGGUACCGCAUCCUAUUUAUGUUUAGCCUCAGCCCAAACUGUGUCGUCAUUACCAGCUGUUGUCUUAGCUCUCUCAAAUUACACCUGUGAUUGCUUUAUGCCUCUCUCCCAUCUCAAUAUGGUUAGCUUAUUGUUGUUUCGGUUAUUUCUAAUUGUACUAUUUCACUGUAGAUCCCCCAGCCCAGCUAAACCUGCCUUAGAUAGCUCCUUUGUCCCACCCCCCAUACACGCGGAGACCGACUCAUUUGGUGCCUCCAGUGAUGCUAUCUCUUUCAUUGUUACCCAACGCUUAGUUUUACCUCCACUGUACUCAUAUCCUUCCAUAUCCUUGUCUGUACAUAAUGCCCUGAAUCUUUUCUACAACGCCCGGAAAUCUGCCCCCUUUAUUCUAUGUACUCAAUGCACUAGAAGACCAGUUCUUAAAGCCUUUAGCCGUAUCCUUAUUCUAGUCCUCCUCUGUUCCUCCGGUGAUGUAGAGGCUAACCCAGGCCCUGCAGCCCUCAGUAUCACUCCUACUCCCCAGGCGCUAUCAUUUGCUGACUUCUGUAAUCGCAAAAGCCUUGGUUUCCUGCAUGUAAAUAUCAGAAGUCUACUUCCUAAGUUUGAGUUAUUCACUGCGUUAGCACACUCCGCCAACCCUGAUGUUCUAGCAGUGUCUGAAUCCUGGCUUAGGAAGGCCACCAAAAAUUCUGAAAUUUCCAUCCCCAACUAUAACAUUUUCCGUCUAGAUAGAACUGCCAAAGGGGGUGGAGUUGUAAUCUACUGUAGAGAUAGCCUGCAGAGCUCUAUCAUACUAUCCAGGUCUGUGCCCAAACAGUUUGAGCUUCUACUUCUAAAAAUCCACCUUUCCAGAAAUAAGUCUCUCACUGUUGCUGUUUGCUACAGAACCCCCUCAGCCCCCAGCUGUGCCCUGGACACCAUAUGUGAAUUGAUUGCCCCCCAUUUAUCCUCAGAGUUCGUACUGCUUGGUGACCUAAAUUGGGAUAUGCUUAAUACCCCGGCCAUCCUACAAUCCAAACUAGAUGCCCUCAAUCUCACGCAAAUUAUCAACGAACCUACCAGGUACAACCCUAAAUCCGUAAACAUGGGUACCCUCAUAGAUAUCAUCCUGACUAACAUACCCUCUAAAUACACCUCAGCUGUCUUCAACCAGGAUCUCAGCGAUCACUGCCUUAUUGCCUGCGUCCAUAACGGGUCCGCGGUCAAACGACCACCCCUCAUCACUGUCAAACGCUCCCUAAAACACUUUAGCGAGCAGGCCUUCCUAAUUGACCUGGCCCAGGUAUCCUGGAUGGAUAUAGAUCUCAUUCCGUCAGUAGAGGAUGCCUGGUUGUUCUUUAAAAGUAAUUUCCUCUCAAUCUUAAAUAAACAUGCCCCAUUCAAAAAAUACAGAACUAAGAACAGAUAUAGCCCCUGGUUCUCCUCAGACUUGACUGCCCUUGACCAGCACAAAAACAUCCUGUGGUGUACGGCAUUAGCAUCAAAUAGCCCCCGCGAUAUGCAACUUUUCAGGGAAGUUAGGAACCAAUAUACACAAGCAGUCAGGAAAGCAAAGGCUAACUUUUUCAAACAGAAAUUUGCAUCCUGUAGCACUAACUCCAAAAGGUUUUGGGACACUGUAAAGUCCAUGGAGAAUAAGAGCACUUCCUCCCAGCUGCCCACUGCACUGAGGCUAGGAAACACUAUCACCACCGAUAAAUCUACAAUAAUCGAGAAUUUCAACAAGCAUUUUGCUACGGCUGGCCAUGCGUUCCACCUGGCUACCACUACCCCGGCUACCAACUCUGCACCCUCCGCUGCAACUUGCCCAUGCCCCCCCCGCUUCUUCUUCACACAAAUUCAGACAGCUGAUGUUCUGAAAGAGCUGCAAAAUCUGGACCCCUACAAAUCAGCUGGGCUAGACAAUCUGGACCCUUUCUUUCUAAAACUAGCUGCCGAAAUUGUCGCAACCCCUAUUACUAGUCUGUUCAACCUCUCUUUCGUAACGUCUGAGAUCCCCAGAGAUUGGAAAGCUGCCGCGGUCAUUCCCCUCUUCAAAGGGGGUGACACUCUAGAUCCAAACUGUUACAGACCUAUAUCCAUCCUGCCCUGCCUUUCGAAAGUAUUUGAAAGCCAAGUUAACAAACAGAUCACCGACCAUUUCGAAUCCCACCGUACCUUCUCCGCUAUGCAAUCCGGUUUCCGAGCUGGUCAUGGGUGCACUUCAGCCACGCUCAAGGUCCUAAACGAUAUAAUAACCGCGAUCGAUAAUAGACAGUACUGUGCAGCCGUCUUCAUCGACCUGGCCAAGGCUUUCGACUCUGUCAACCACCGCAUUCUUAUUGGCAGACUAAAUAGCCUUGGUUUCUCAAAUGACUGCCUCGCCUGGUUCACCAACUACUUCUCAGAUAGAGUUCAGUGUGUCAAAUCGGAGGGCCUGUUGUCUGGACCUAUGGCAGUCUCUAUGGGGGUGCCACAGGGUUCAAUUCUUGGGCCGACUCUUUUCUCCGUGUAUAUCAAUGAUGUCGCUCUUGCUGCUGGUGACUCUCAGAUCCACCUCUACGCAGACGACACCAUUUUGUAUACAUCUGGCCCUUCAUUGGACACUGUGUUAACAAACCUCUAAACGAGCUUCAAUGCCAUACAACACUCCUUCAGUAGCCUCCAACUGCUCUUUUGCACCCCAGUAUCUCUAUUUGCACAUAAUCUCUUGCACAUCUAGCAUUCCAGUGUUAAUACUAAUUGUAAUUAUUUUGCACUACAGCCUAUUUAUUGCCUUACCUCCAUAACUUGCUACCUUUGCACACACUGUAUAUAUAUUUUCUGCUGUAUUUUUUGACUUUAUGUUUUUUUACCCCAUAUGUAACUCUGUGUUGUUGUUUUUAUCGCACUGCUUUGCUUUAUCUUGGCCAGGUCGCAGUUGUAAAUGAGAACUUGUUCUCAACUGGCUUACUUGGUUAACUAAAGGUGAAAUAAAAUAAAAUAAAAAGUGAUGUACUGGGCUGUACGCACUACCCUCUGUAGUGCCUUGCGGUCGGAGGCCGAGCAGUUGCCAUACCAGGCGGUGAUGCAACCAGUCAGGAUGCUCUCGAUGGUGCAGCUGUAGAACUGUUUGAGGAUCUGAGGACCCAUGCCAAAUAUUUUCAGUCUCCUGAGGGGGAAUAGGUUUUGUCGUGCCCUCUUCACGACUGUCUUGGUGUGUUUGGACCAUGAUAGUUUGUUGGUGAUGUGGACACCAAGGAACUUGAAGCUCUCAACCUGGUCCACUACAGCCCCGUCGAUGAGAAUGGAGGCGUGCUCAGUCCUCUUUUUUGUCCUGUAGUCCACAAUCAUCUCCUUUGUCUUGGUCACGUUGAGGGAGAGGUUGUUAUCCUGGCACCACACGGCCAGGUCUCUGACCUCCUCCCUAUAGGCUGUCUCAUUGUUGUCAGUGAUCGGGCCUGCCACUGUUGUGUCGUCGGCAAACUUAAUGAUGGUGUUGGAGUCGUGCCUGGCCAUGCAGUCAUGGGUGAACAGGGAGUACAGGAGGGGACUGAGCACGCAUCCCUGAGGGGCCCCCGUGUUGAGGAUCAGCGUGGCAGCUGUGUUGUUACCUACCCUCACCACCUGGGGGCGGCCCGUCAGGAAGUCCAGGAUACAGUUGCAGAGGGAGGUGUUUAGUCCCAGGAUCCUUAGCUUAGUGAUGAGCUUUGAGGGCACUAUGGUGUUGAACGCUGAGCUGUAGUCAAUGAAUAGCAUUCUCACAUAGGUGUUCCUCUUGUCCAGGUGGGAAAGGGCAGUGUGGAGUGCAAUAGAGAUUGCAUCAUCUGUGGAUCUGUUGGGGCGGUAUGCAAAUUGGAGUGGGUCUAGGGUUUCUGGGAUAAUGGUGUUGAUGUGAGCCAUGACCAGCCUUUCAAAGCACUUCAUGGCUACAGACGUGAGUGCUAUGGGUCAGUAGUGAUUUAGGCAGGUUACCCUAGUGUUCUUGGGCACAGGGACUAUGAUGGUCUGCUUGGUAUUACAGACUCAGUCAGGGACAUGUUGAAAAUGUCAGUGAAGACACUUGCCAGUUGGUCAGCGCAUGCUCGGAGUACACGUCCUGGUAAUCCGUCUGGCCCUGUGGCCUUGUGAAUGUUGACCUGUUUAAAAGUCUUACAAAAAGUAUUUGUAAGUCUUACUCUCAUGCGUUUUUAGGUUCCCUCGAUGAGGUCUGUGGUGUUACCCUCUGACUGCUCUCUCUCUCUCUGUCUCUGUCUCUGUCUCUGUCUCUGUCUCUGUCUCUGUCUCUGUCUCUGUCUCUGUCUCUGUCUCUCUCUUCUCUCUCUCUCUCUCUCUCUCUCUCUCUCUCUCUCUCUCUCUCUCUCUCUCUCUCUCUCUCUCUCUCUCUCUCUCUCUCUUUCUUUUAUCAGGGCAUGUCUUAGGUCUCUUACUCUGCCUCAACUUAUUGAAUUCACACAUUUUCUCCUUAUGUCUCCUCCUGAGGGUGUUGAGCCAUUAAGUUGCAGGAUUUUCCCUCUGCUUGCUCUGCAAAUUUGUCUGCAUCCUUCUCCAUGCUGUCAGAUACCUCCAGCAGAGUUGUAAUCCUUCUCCAGGCUGUCAGAUUCCUCCAGCAGAGUUUUCAUCCUUCUCCAGGCUGUCAGAUACCUCCAGCAGAGUUUUCAUCCUUCUCCAGGCUGUCAGAUACCUCCAGCAGAGUUUUCAUCCUUCUCCAGGCUGUCAGAUACCUCCAGCAGAGUUUUCAUCCUUCUCCAGGCUGUCAGAUUCCUCCAGCAGAGUUUUCAUCCUUCUCCAGGCUGUCAGAUUCCUCCAGCAGAGUUUUCAUCCUUCUCCAGGCUGUCAGAUACCUCCAGCAGAGUUUUCAUCCUUCUCCAGGCUGUCAGAUACCUCCAGCAGAGUUUUCAUCCUUCUCCAGGCUGUCAGAUUCCUCCAGCAGAGUUGUAAUCCUUCUCCAGGCUGUCAGAUACCUCCAGCAGAGUUUUCAUCCUUCUCAAGGCUGUCAGAUACCUCCAGCAGAGUUGUAAUCCUUCUCCAGGCUGUCAGAUUCCUCCAGCAGAGUUUUCUUUUUUUUAUCUAUGUGGUCAUCUGCAGAUGUUCUCUUCUGUCCCUCCUCUUCUCCUGGUCCAGGUGUUCUCUGUCCCUCCUCUUCUCCUGGUCCAGGUGUUCUCUGUCCCUCCUCUUCUCCUGGUCCAGGUGUUCUCUGUCCCUCCUCUUCUCCUGGUCCAGGUGUUCUCUGUCCCUCCUCCUCUUCUCCUGGUCCAGGUGUUCUCUGUCCCUCCUCUUCUCCUGGUCCAGGUGUUCUCUGUCCCUCCUCUUCUCCUGGUCCAGGUGUUCUCUGUCCCUCCUCCUCUUCUCCUGGUCCAGGUGUUCUCUGUCCCUCCUCCUCUUCUCCUGGUCCAGGUGUUCUCUGUCCCUCCUCUUCUCCCGGUCCAGGUGUUCUCUGUCCCUCCUCUUCUCCUGGUCCAGGUGUUCUCUGUCCCUCCUCUUCUCCUGGUCCAGGUGUUCUCUGUCCCUCCUCCUCUUCUCCUGGUCCAGGUGUUCUCUGUCCCUCCUCUUCUCCUGGUCCAGGUGUUCUCUGUCCCUCUUCUCCUGGUCCAGGUGUUCUCUGUCCCUCCUCUUCUCCUGGUCCAGGUGUUCUCUGUCCCUCCUCUUCUCCCGGUCCAGGUGUUCUCUGUCCCUCCUCCUCUUCUCCUGGUCCAGGUGUUCUCUGUCCCUCCUCCUCUUCUCCUGGUCCAGGUGUUCUCUGUCCCUCCUCCUCUUCUCCCGGUCCAGGUGUUCUCUGUCCCUCCUCUUCUCCUGGUCCAGGUGUUCUCUGUCCCUCCUCUUCUCCUGGUCCAGGUGUUCUCUGUCCCUCCUUCUCUUCUCCCGGUCCAGGUGUUCUCUGUCCCUCCUCCUCUUCUCCUGGUCCAGGUGUUCUCUGUCCCUCCUCUUCUCCUGGUCCAGGUGUUCUCUGUCCCUCCUCCUCUUCUCCUGGUCCAGGUGUUCUCUGUCCCUCCUCUUCUCCUGGUCCAGGUGUUCUCUGUCCCUCCUCUUCUCCUGGUCCAGGUGUUCUCUGUCCCUCCUCCUCUUCUCCUGGUCCAGGUGUUCUCUGUCCCUCCUCUUCUCCUGGUCCAGGUGUUCUCUGUCCCUCCUCCUCUUCUCCUGGUCCAGGUGUUCUCUGUCCCUCCUCUUCUCCUGGUCCAGGUGUUCUCUGUCCCUCCUCCUCUUCUCCUGGUCCAGGUGUUCUCUGUCCCUCCUCUUCUCCCGGUCCAGGUGUUCUCUGUACCUCCUCCUCUUCUCCUGGUCCAGGUGUUCUCUGUCCCUCCUCUUCUCCUGGUCCAGGUGUUCUCUGUCCCUCCUCCUCUUCUCCUGGUCCAGGUGUUCUCUGUCCCUCCUCUUCUCCCGGUCCAGGUGUUCUCUGUCCCUCCUCUUCUCCUGGUCCAGGUGUUCUCUGUCCCUCCUCCUCUUCUCCUGGUCCAGGUGUUCUCUGUCCCUCCUCUUCUCCUGGUCCAGGUGUUCUCUGUCCCUCCUCCUCUUCUCCUGGUCCAGGUGUUCUCUGUCCCUCCUCUUCUCCUGGUCCAGGUGUUCUCUGUCCCUCCUCUUCUCCUGGUCCAGGUGUUCUCUGUCCCUCCUCUUCUCCUGGUCCAGGUGUUCUCUGUCCCUCCUCCUCUUCUCCUGGUCCAGGUGUUCUCUGUCCCUCCUCUUCUCCUGGUCCAGGUGUUCUCUGUCCCUCCUCCUCUUCUCCUGGUCCAGGUGUUCUCUGUCCCUCCUCUUCUCCUGGUCCAGGUGUUCUCUGUCCCUCCUCUUCUCCUGGUCCAGGUGGUCUCUGUCCCUUCUCUUCUCCUGGUCCAGGUGUGCUCUGUAUUUUUGACUUGAACCAGCAGAGGUCAGCAGCUCAUAAUUACACACCAGUCUCUGGGCGAUGCCAUCCCUGCAAGUUACAGGGUCUCCACCUCCUUGUUGAAGCUUCUUACAGAAACCCCAGAGCUCAGGGUCGGGUUGGCUGAGGAAGCCAAGCAGGAACGCAUCCAGCCUCGUCUCCGUGGGCCCGGAAGGAGAGGAAGUGCUCACCUGUGGCCUCAAGGGACAGGAAGUUACCAAACUGUUGACUAAUCACAUCACCUGUAACAAAAAAUGAAAGGAAAUAAGUGACAAUUAUUAUUUAGAUGAUUAAUCAUUGUAUCACUUCUAGAAGUUAUAAUUGUGUUUACAUUUGGUAAUAAAUCAGGAACAAAACCUUUUCCAGAACUAUUCUAUGAAAACUAUUCCUACCAGCAGACACAUUUUACAUUACAUUUUAGUCAUUUAGCAGACGCUCUCAUCCAGAGCGACUUACAGGAGCAAUUAGGGUUAAGUGCCUUACUCAAGGGCACAUCGACAGAUUUUUCACCUAGUCGGCUCGGGGAUUAGAACCAGCGACCUUUCGGUUACUGGCACAACGCUCUUACCCCACUAAGCUACCUGCCGCCCCUACCGUAAGACACACCUCCUGGACAACGGCUUGUCUAGCAGAAACGUUCCAAGUCUGGAUCGGACUACAUGGCAGUGGGGGUCCAAACACGCAAUCUGUCUUACGGUGGGGGUAUUUCAGGGGGCUCGUCCUACACUGGCUUUAGGAUGUUUGACAUACCCUUCACGCAGUCCCUCCUAACUCUAGGAUGGGUGAGUUCUCCUACACUGGCUUUAGGAUGUUUGACAUACCCUUCAUGCAGUCCCUCCUAACUCUAGGACGGGUGAGUUCUCCUACACUGGCUUUAGGAUGUCUGACCUACCCUUCAUGCAGUCCCUCCUAACUCUAGGAAGGGUGAGUUCUCCUACACUGGCUUUAGGAAUGUUUGACAUACCCUUCAUGCGGUCCCUCCUAACUCUAGGACGGGUGAGCUCUCCUACACUGGCUUUAGGAAUGUUUGACAUACCCUUCAUGCAGUCCCUCCUAACUCUAGGACGGGUGAGCUCUCCUACACUGGCUUUAGGAUGUCUGACCUACCCUUCAUGCAGUCCCUCCUAACUCUAGGACGGUGAGUUCUCCUACACUGGCUUUAGGAAUGUUUGACAUACCCUUCAUGCAGUCCCUCCUAACUCUAGGACGGGUGAGCUCUCCUACACUGGCUUUAGGAUGUUUGACAUACCCUUCAUGCAGUCCCUCCUAACUCUAGGACGGAUGAGCUCUCCAACACUAGCUUUAGGAUGUUUGACAUACCCUUCAUGCAGUCCCUCCUAACUCUAGGAUGGUGAGUUCUCCUACACUGGCUUUAGGAUGUUUGACAUACCCUUCAUGCAGUCCCUCCUAACUCUAGGACGGGUGAGUUCUCCUACACUGGCUUUAGGAUGUCUGACAUACCCUUCAUGCAGUCCCUCCUAACUCUAGGACGGGUGAGCUCUCCUACACUGGCUUUAGGAUGUCUGACAUACCCUUCAUGCAGUCCCUCCUAACUCUAGGACGGUGAGUUCUCCUACACUGGCUUUAGGAUGUUUGACAUACCCUUCAUGCAGUCCCUCCUAACUCUAGGACGGUGAGUUCUCCUACACUGGCUUUAGGAUGUCUGACAUACCCUUCAUGCAGUCCCUCCUAACUCUAGGACGGGUGAGUUCUCCUACACUGGCUUUAGGAUGUCUGACAUACCCUUCAUGCAGUCCCUCCUAACUCUAGGACGGGUGAGCUCUCCUACACUGGCUUUAGGAUGUCUGACAUACCCUUCAUGCAGUCCCUCCUAACUCUAGGAUGGUGAGUUCUCCUACACUGGCUUUAGGAUGUCUGACAUACCCUUCAUGCAGUCCCUCCUAACUCUAGGACGGGUGAGCUCUCCUACACUGGCUUUAGGAUGUUUGACAUACCCUUCAUGCAGUCCCUCCUAACUCUAGGACGGGUGAGCUCUCCUACACUGGCUUUAGGAUGUUUGACAUACCCUUCAUGCAGUCCCUCCUAACUCUAGGACGGGUGAGCUCUCCUACACUGGCUUUAGGAUGUCUGACAUACCCUUCAUGCAGUCCCUCCUAACUCUAGGACGGGUGAGCUCUCCUACACUGGCUUUAGGAUGUCUGACAUACCCUUCAUGCAGUCCCUCCUAACUCUAGGACGGGUGAGCUCUCCUACACUGGCUUUAGGAUGUUUGACAUACCCUUCAUGCAGUCCCUCCUAACUCUAGGACGGGUGAGCUCUCCUACACUGGCUUUAGGAUGUCUGACAUACCCUUCAUGCAGUCCCUCCUAACUCUAGGACGGGUGAGCUCUCCUACACUGGCUUUAGGAUGUCUGACAUACCCUUCAUGCAGUCCCUCCUAACUCUAGGACGGGUGAGCUCUCCUACACUGGUUUUAGGAUGUCUGACAUACCCUUCAUGCAGUCCCUCCUAACUCUAGGACGGGUGAGCUCUCCUACACUGGCUUUAGGAUGUCUGACAUACCCUUCAUGCAGUCCCUCCUAACUCUAGGACGGUUGAGCUCUCCUACACUGGCUUUAGGAUGUCUGACAUACCCUUCAUGCAGUCCCUCCUAACUCUAGGACGGUGAGCUCUCCUACACUGGCUUUAGGAUGUUUGACAUACCCUUCAUGCAGUCCCUCCUAACUCUAGGAUGGUGAGCUCUCCUACACUGGCUUUAGGAUGUUUGACAUACCCUUCAUGCAGUCCCUCCUAACUCUAGGACGGGUGAGUUCUCCUACACUGGCUUUAGGAUGUUUGACAUACCCUUCAUGCAGUCCCUCCUAACUCUAGGACGGUGAGUUCUCCUACACUGGCUUUAGGAUGUUUGACAUACCCUUCAUGCAGUCCCUCCUAACUCUAGGACGGUGAACUCUCCUACACUGGCUUUAGGAUGUCUGACAUACCCUUCAUGCAGUCCCUCCUAACUCUAGGACGGGUGAGCUCUCCUACACUGGCUUUAGGAUGUCUGAUAUACCCUUCAUGCAGUCCCUCCUAACUCUAGGACGGUGAGUUCUCCUACACUGGCUUUAGGAUGUCUGACAUACCCUUCAUGCAGUCCCUCCUAACUCUAGGAUGGUGAGUUCUCCUACACUGUCUUUAGGAUGUUUGACAUACCCUUCAUGCAGUCCCUCCUAACUCUAGGACGGGUGAGCUCUCCUACACUGGCUUUAGGAUGUCUGACAUACCCUUCAUGCAGUCCCUCCUAACUCUAGGACGGGUGAGCUCUCCUACACUGGUUUUAGGAUGUCUGACAUACCCUUCAUGCAGUCCCUCCUAACUCUAGGAUGGUGAGUUCUCCUACACUGGCUUUAGGAUGUUUGACAUACCCUUCAUGCAGUCCCUCCUAACUCUAGGAUGGUGAGCUCUCCUACACUGGCUUUAGGAUGUUUGACAUACCCUUCAUGCAGUCCCUCCUAACUCUAGGACGGGUGAGUUCUCCUACACUGGCUUUAGGAUGUUUGACAUACCCUUCAUGCAGUCCCUCCUAACUCUAGGACGGUGAACUCUCCUACACUGGCUUUAGGAUGUUUGACAUACCCUUCAUGCAGUCCCUCCUAACUCUAGGACGGGUGAGCUCUCCUACACUGGCUUUAGGAUGUUUGACAUACCCUUCAUGCAGUCCCUCCUAACUCUAGGACGGUGAGUUCUCCUACACUGGCUUUAGGAUGUUUGACAUACCCUUCAUGCAGUCCCUCCUAACUCUAGGACGGUGAACUCUCCUACACUGGCUUUAGGAUGUUUGACAUACCCUUCAUGCAGUCCCUCCUAACUCUAGGACGGGUGAGCUCUCCUACACUGGCUUUAGGAUGUUUGACAUACCCUUCAUGCAGUCCCUCCUAACUCUAGGACGGUGAGUUCUCCUACACUGGCUUUAGGAUGUUUGACAUACCCUUCAUGCAGUCCCUCCUAACUCUAGGACGGGUGAGCUCUCCUACACUGGCUUUAGGAUGUCUGACAUACCCUUCAUGCAGUCCCUCCUAACUCUAGGACGGGUGAGCUCUCCUACACUGGCUUUAGGAUGUCUGACAUACCCUUCAUGCAGUCCCUCCUAACUCUAGGACGGGUGAGCUCUCCUACACUGGCUUUAGGAUGUUUGACAUACCCUUCAUGCAGUCCCUCCUAACUCUAGGACGGUGAGUUCUCCUACACUGGCUUUAGGAUGUCUGACAUACCCUUCAUGCAGUCCCUCCUAACUCUAGGACGGGUGAGCUCUCCUACACUGGCUUUAGGAUGUUUGACAUACCUUCACGCAGUCCCUCCUAACUCUAGGAUGGUGAGUUCUCCUACACUGGCUUUAGGAUGUUUGACAUACCCUUCAUGCAGUCCCUCCUAACUCUAGGAUGGGUGAGCUCUCCUACACUGGCUUUAGGAUGUCUGACAUACCCUUCAUGCAGUCCCUCCUAACUCUAGGAUGGUGAGUUCUCCUACACUGGCUUUAGGAUGUUUGACAUACCCUUCAUGCAGUCCCUCCUAACUCUAGGACGGGUGAGCUCUCCUACACUGGCUUUAGGAUGUUUGACAUACCCUUCAUGCAGUCCCUCCUAACUCUAGGACGGUGAGUUCUCCUACACUGGCUUUAGGAUGUCUGACAUACCCUUCAUGCAGUCCCUCCUAACUCUAGGACGGGUGAGCUCUCCUACACUGGCUUUAGGAUGUCUGACAUACCCUUCAUUCAGUCCCUCCUAACUCUAGGACGGGUGAGCUCUCCUACACUGGCUUUAGGAUGUUUGACAUACCCUUCAUGCAGUCCCUCCUAACUCUAGGACGGGUGAGCUCUCCUACACUGGCUUUAGAAUGUUUGACAUACCCUUCAUGCAGUCCCUCCUAACUCUAGGACGGUGAGUUCUCCUACACUGGCUUUAGGAUGUUUGACAUACCCUUCAUGCAGUCCCUCCUAACUCUAGGACGGGUGAGCUCUCCUACACUGGCUUUAGGAUGUUUGACAUACCCUUCAUGCAGUCCCUACUAACUCUAGGACGGUGAGCUCUCCUACACUGGCUUUAGGAUGUCUGACAUACCCUUCAUGCAGUCCCUCCUAACUCUAGGACGGUGAGCUCUCCUACACUGGCUUUAGGAUGUUUGACAUACCCUUCAUGCAGUCCCUCCUAACUCUAGGACGGUGAGCUCUCCUACACUGGAUUUUCUCUGCAGUUCCUGCAGUUUACAGAGGUUCUGUAAAUAGUGCUGAAUGACUUAAUACAAUAGAAAACUAUCUGCUGUCUGCAUCAUUUGACAGAAAAGUAAUACUUCUAAAUUCUCCCACUACCUUGAGGACUGACUUGGCACCCAAGCCUAUGUCAAUUUCCUUCAGGCGGACCCAGUUAUUUUGGUUCAGCGACAUCCAGUCUGAUCAUCUGUAGGAGGAGCUCCCUCUGGACAGAACGCCUAAGCAGACAUCCAGUCUGAUCAUCUGUAGGAGGGGAGCUCCCUCUGGACAGAACGCCUAAGCAGACAUCCAGUCUGAUCAUCUGUAGGAGGGGAGCUCCCUCUGGACAGAACGCCUAAGCAGACAUCCAGUCUGAUCAUCUGUAGGAGGGGAGCUCCCUCUGGACAGAACGCCUAAGCAGACAUCCAGUCUGAUCAUCUGUAGGAGGAGCUCCCUCUGGACAGAACGCCUAAGCAGACAUCCAGUCUGAUCAUCUGUAGGAGGAGCUCCCUCUGGACAGAACGCCUAAGCAGACAUCCAGUCUGAUCAUCUGUAGGAGGAGCUCCCUCUGGACAGAACGCCUAAGCAGACAUCCAGUCUGAUCAUCUGUAGGAGGAGCUCCCUCUGGACAGAACGCCUAAGCAGACAUCCAGUCUGAUCAUCUGUAGGAGGGGAGCUCCCUCUGGACAGAACGCCUAAGCAGACAUCCAGUCUGAUCAUCUGUAGGAGGGGAGCUCCCUCUGGACAGAACGCCUAAGCAGACAUCCAGUCUGAUCAUCUGUAGGAGGGGAGCUCCCUCUGGACAGAACGCCUAAGCAGACAUCCAGUCUGAUCAUCUGUAGAGGAGCUCCCUCUGGACAGAACGCCUAAGCAGACAUCCAGUCUGAUCAUCUGUAGGAGGAGCUCCCUCUGGACAGAACGCUUAAGCAGACAUCCAGUCUGAUCAUCUGUAGGAGGGGAGCUCCCUCUGGACAGAACGCCUAAGCAGACAUCCAGUCUGAUCAUCUGUAGGAGGGGAGCUCCCUCUGGACAGAACGCCUAAGCAGACAUCCAGUCUGAUCAUCUGUAGGAGGGGAGCUCCCUCUGGACAGAACGCCUAAGCAGACAUCCAGUCUGAUCAUCUGUAGAGGAGCUCCCUCUGGACAGAACGCCUAAGCAGACAUCCAGUCUGAUCAUCUGUAGGAGGAGCUCCCUCUGGACAGAACGCCUAAGCAGACAUCCAGGCUGAUCAUCUUUAGCAGGAGCUCCGUCUGGAGCCAACAGAAUGUAAUGCAAAUACUCUUCACCACAUUCAUCAUUAAACACGUUUAUUACUUCUAAACCACCUUCAUCAUCACCUCCAUCACAGAUCACGUCAUCAACAGUACAACCAGUGAUAGGAGGGUUGAAAUCAAAAUGGCAAUAUCAAAUUGAGGUCCUUCACAGUUUUUUUUUUUGAGACGACUGUACAACCAUCAAGAUUAAUUGUCAGAUCCAACAGAAGAUCUCUUUGUUUCUUUGGACGUAAAACUAGCAUCUCUUGUUUUGUCCGAGUUGAAAAGGAAAACAAAUUCAGCCAUCCACUUCCUUAUGUCUGAAACACAGGCUUCCAGGGUAGGCCAUUUUGGGGCUUCACCAUGUUUCAUCGAAAUGUAGAGCUGUGUGUCGUCCGCAUAGCAAUGAAAGUUAACAUUGGGUUUCCGAAUGACAUCGCCAAGAGGGAGAAUAUAUAGUGAAAACAAUAGUGGUCCUAAAACGGAACCUUGAGGAACACCGAAACGUACAAUUGAUUUGUCAGAUGACAAACCAUCCACAGAGACGAACUGAUAUCUUUCCGGCAGAUAAGAUCUAAACCAGGAAAGAACUUGUCCGUGUGGACCAAUUAAGGUUUCCAAUCUCUCCAAAAUAAUGUGGUGAUCGAUGGCGUCAAAGCAGCACAAAGGUUUAGGAGCAAGAGGACAGAUGCAGAGCCUUGGUCUGACGCCAUUAAAAGGUAAUUUACCAUCUUCACGAGUGCAGUCUCAGUGCUAUGAUGGGGUCUAAAACCAGACAGAAGCGUUUUUCGGAUACAUUAUUUGUCUUCGGGAAGGCAGUGAGUUGCAACACGACAGCUUUUUCUAAACUUUUUGAGAGGAAUGGGAGAUUCGAUAUAGGCCGAGUUUUUGAAAACAUUUUCUGGGUCAAGGUUUGGCUUUUUCAAGAGAGGCUUUAUUACUGCCACUUUUAGUGAGUUUGGUUCACAUCAGGCGGAUAGGGAGCCUUUUAUUAUGUUCAACAUAGGAGGGCCAAGCACAGGAAGUAGCUCUUUCAGUAGUUUAGUUGGAAUAGGGUCCAGUAUGCAGCUUGAAGGUCUAGAGGCCAUGACUUUUCAUGAAUGUGUCAAGAGAUAUAGGAUUAAAAAACUUGAGUGGGUGGUCCUGAACAGAACGAGCCUGUUUGAUGUACAGCUACAAGCUUGACACACCUGUAUUUGGGGAGUUUCUCCCAUACUUCUCUGCAGACCCUCUCAAGCUCUGUCAGGUUGGAUGGGGAGCAUCGCUGCACAGCUAUUUUCAGGUCUCUCCAGAGAUGUUAGAUCGGGUUCAAGUCCGGUCUCUGGCUGGGCCACUCAAGGACAUUCAGAGACUUGUCCCGAAGCCACUCCUGCAUUGUCUUGGCUGUGUGCUUAGGAUCGUUGUCCUGUUGGAAGGUGAACCUUCGCCCCAGUCUGAGGUUCUGAGCGCUCUGGAGCAGGUUUUCAUCAAGGAUCUCUGUCCUUUGCUCCGUUCAUCUUUCCCUCGAUCCUGACUAGUCUCCCAGUCCCUGCCGCUGAAAAACAUCCCCACAGCAUGAUGCUGCCACCACCUUGCUUCGCCGUAGGGAUGAUGCCAGGUUUCCUCCAGACAUGACACUUGGCAUUCAGGCCAAAGAGUUCAAUCUUGGUUUCAUCAGACCAGAGAAUCUUUUUUCUCAUGGUCGGAGUCCUUUAGGUGCCUUUUGGCAAACUCCAAGCGGGCUGUCAUUUGCCUUUUACUGAGGAGUGACUUCUGUCUGGCCACUCUACCAUAAAUGCCUGAUUGGUGGAGUGCUGCAGAGAUGGUUGUCCUUCUGGAAAUUUCUCCCAUCUCCAGAGAGGAACGCUGGAGCUCUCUCAAAGUGACCAUCGGGUUCUUGGUCACCUCCCUGACCAAGGCCCUUCUCCCCCGAUUGCUCAGUUUGGCCGGGCGGCCAGCUCAAGGAAGAGUCUUUGUGGUUCUAUACUUCUUCCAUUCAAGAAUGAUGGAGGCCACUGUGUUCUUGGGGACCUUCAAUGCUGCAGAAAUGUUUCGGUACCCUUCCCCAGAUCUGUGCCUCGACACAAUCUUGUCUCGGAGCUCUACGGACAAUUCCUUUGACCUCAUGGCUUGGUUUUUGCUCUGACAUGCACUGUCAACUGUGGGACCUUAUAUAGACAGGUGUGUGCCUUUCCAAAUCAUGUCCAAUCAAUUGAAUUUACCGCAGGUGGAGUCCAAUCAAGUUGUAGAAACAUCUCAAGGUUAAUCAAUGGCAACAGGAUGAACCUUAGCUCAAUUUCGAGUCUCAUAGCAAAGGUUCUGAAUACUUAUGUAAAUAAGGUAUUUCUGUUUUUUAAUUUUAAUACACUUGCCAAAGUUUCUAAAAACCUGUUUUCACUUUGUCAUUAUGGGGUAUUGUGUGUAGAUUGAUGAAGAAAUAACAAAUAUUUAUUCAAUUUUAGAAUAAGGCUGUAACGUAAAAGGUCAAGGGGUCUGAAUACUGUAUAUUACUUACUGGUGUUAAUCAGUCUCCGGUCUCCUCCUGUUCUUCUUCCUCCUCCUCCAAUGUGACAGUCAUCUCCCCCUCCUCCUCUUUCACUGUAACGUCUUUCUCCUCUUCUUUCACUGUAACAUCCUCCUCCUCUUUCACUCUGAACGCGUCUUCCUCUUCUUUCACUGUAACAUCCUCCUCCUCUUUCACUCUGAACGCGUCUUCCUCUUCUUUCACUGUAACAUCCUCCUCCUCUUUCACUCUGAACGCGUCUUCCUCUUCUUUCACUGUAACAUCCUCCUCCUCUUUCACUCUGAACGCGUCUUCCUCUUCUUUCACUGUAACAUCCUCCUCCUCUUUCACUCUGAACGCGUCUUCCUCUUCUUUCACUGUAACGUCUUUCUCUUCUUCUUUCACGGUAUCAGCUUCACCCUCUACUUGUUUUUGUAUUGUAACAUCCUCCUCUUCCUCCUCCUCUUUCACUAGAGCUUCUUUCUCCGUCCAGCAGACCUCCUCUUCUUUAGCAGGAGGAGAGUAGCUUAG